AUGGAUGAACAUCCUGCUCCCAAUCUCACUGUUUACACCACACAUGAACAAGAGGAAGAGGAGGAACUGGAAGAAUCUGAGAUCUAUUUGUCUGUACUGUGGCAUGCAGGAGUACUGGCUGUGGUGUAUUACAACUCAAGUAAUUGCUCUGUUCACUUCAUGCCAGAUGCUCCUGAAACUGAAGAGUUCCGGAUGCUGAAAAGAAUUAUUGCCGAUCUGCAACCAAAAUGUAUUUUGACAAGUGCAAAGCAGGACCAGCCAUUUUCUGACUUUCUUCAAUCCACGAAUUCUUGCCAUAAUGAAGAAAGUAAUGGAAGUUCCAGACCUGAGAUCAUUGUUUUUCCACAUGUGGAUUUUGGACUACAGAUUUGCAAGAGAAGGAUUCUUUCUUGGAACUUUCCAACGUUACCGUCUAAUUUUACAGAAUCAGAGAAGAUUCUGUACCUCUCUUCCAUCAUUCCUUUUGACUGCCCAAAAAUGAUCUGCACUCUAGGGGGGCUUUUGAAGUUUCUGGAACGUAGAAGGAUUGGAGUGCAGCUUGAAGACUGUAGUGUUGGAGUUCCUAUCCUGAGCCUCAAAAAAUAUGUAUUAUCAGACAUUGUUGAUAUGGAUCAAGAUACCUACAGUGUUCUGCAGAUAUUCAAAAGUGAGGUGCAUCCUUCUGUCUAUAAAUUGACCUCUGGAGUUAAAGAAGGACUUAGUCUGUAUGGACUUUUAAAUCGUUGCUGUACAAAACAGGGAGAAAAUACACUGAGGAUGUGGCUAAUGCGACCUACUACAAACCAAUGUCAGCUUGGGUCUCGAUUAGACGUCAUUGAAUUCUUCAUUGCACCACAAAAUCAGCAGAUUGUGGAGAAUUUCCAGAGCAGUCUGAAAAGCAUCAAAAAUAUCCCUCUAAUUUUAAAACGCAUGACACUCUCUAAUACUAAGGUGACUGAUUGGCUGGCUUUGCAUAAGGCAGUUUGCAGUGCCAUUUACAUUGGAGACACUUGCCGCACCCUGCCUCAGAAUGUGUCUCUUUUUUCCACCAUCUCUUCAGCAUUCAGCAAUGAGCUUCUGUACAUCAAAAACCUGAUUGGCAAAGUGGUGGAUUUUGAAGAAAGUGUGAAAGGGAGAUGUUUCUGUAUUAAACCCUUUGUGGACCCUGCUGUGGAUGAGAAGAAACGUCAACUUCGAGGGCUACCUUCCUUCCUUACCGAUGUAGCAAAGAAAGAGUUGGAGACCCUGGACAGCCACAUACCAUCCUGUUAUAUCAUCUAUAUUCCUUUGAUUGGAUUCCUUCUAUCCUUCCAACGUCUUCCCUUCAUGGAGGACAAGAAUGACUUUAAGAUUGCUGGCCUGGAAUUUAUGUUUUUGUUACAAGGUCGACUUUACUACAGAACUGUCCGGACCAGAGAGCUGGAUUCAUUAUUUGGGGACCUCCACUGUGAAAUCCGAGAUCAAGAGACAGUAAUCAUGUACCAGCUGCAAACUUUGACACUGGAGAAGUCUGCAGUGUUUCAGUAUGUUACAGAGUUUACAGGACAACUGGAUGCUCUCCUUGCAAUGGCAGUCAUUGCUCGUGAGAAUGGAUACACACGUCCCCGAUACACCAUGGGCAACUCCAUCUACAUCAAGGAGGGGAGACAUCCUCUCAUGGUAUUUUGCUCUGGAACUUUUGUUCCAAAUUCAACUCUCAGCAAGCAGAAUGAGAAAAGAAUCAAGAUAAUAACUGGACCAAACUCUUGUGGGAAGAGUGUGUAUCUAAAACAGGUUGGACUCAUAGUCUUCAUGUCUAUGAUUGGAAGUUUUGUUCCAGCUGCAGAGGCUGAAAUUGGACCAGUUGAUGGCAUCUUUACCCGUAUUCAGAGUCUUGAGUCUGUGUCCCUUGGGCUAUCUACUUUCAUGAUAGAUUUAAAUCAGGUAGCAAGAGCAGUAAAUAAUGCAACUGAGAAGUCACUGGUUUUGAUUGAUGAAUUUGGUAAAGGGACUAACACGGUGGAUGGUCUCUCUCUCUUAGCUGCUGUCCUCAGGCACUGGAUAAAUAUGGGAUGUCAAUGUCCUCAUAUUUUUGUGGCCACCAAUUUCCACAGUUUGGUAAAGCUCAAAAUCCUGCCUGACAGUCCCAUAUUACAGUUUCAGACUUUAGAGUGGUGUCUGGAUGGAGAAGAGAUAGUUUUCUUUUACCAGAUAAAGGAUGGGGUAUCUGAAGCUAGCCAAGCAGCCAAAGUUGCAGCCCUAGCAGGUUUGCCUGCAGGUAUUAUCAAAAGAGCAAUAGAGGUGUCAGAAUUGUUCCGGACCGGACAAGCCAUUCAGUGCCUAAAUCAAACAGAGAUGGACAAAAAAAAGGAAAAGUGCCAGAAUUUGGUCUCUCGUUUCCUCAGUCUGGACCUUGAUGAUCCCCAGCUUGAUGUGGAGAAAUUUAUGACCAGUGAGGUCCUACCCUUGUCUUCAUCAGUUCUAUAGGCUUUAUUUACUAUGAAACCUUAUUAUUUCUGCAUCUUUGAAUAUAUUACACGAAAUGUCAAAGUAAACAAAAUGUUAAUUAUUA